AUGUCUCUCCUUUGGCAAUGUGGAAUUGUUUUGGCUGUCGUCGUAGCAGCAGCAAGCGCUGCCAAUGAAGAUUUUAAUGUGGAUUGUGAGAAACACUCCAUUAAAGUGACAUGGAAGGUCAGUCCAGAGUUGGUUGAACAUGCUGCCCGUCUUUUCCUUGGACACUGUGUUCCGUCCACAUUUUCUGUUCUUCCCACGGGAGAAGGGAUGGCGACAUUCCACUACAACCUCAAUGGCUGUGCCAUCAAGAAACGGGUGACUGGCAAAAAACACAUCUAUUCAACCAGCCUGACUUACAGACCUAACCGAAAGCCCAAACCUGCUGCUAUUAGUCACCAUAUAAAGUGUGUUUACAUAAGCCCUGAGGGAUGGAUUCCCCCAUUCCUUAUCCCUGCCUAUGGUAGUGCUGAGGGUCAUGGAGGAUUGGUUUUCCACAUGGCACUCCUCAAUGAAGACCUUACUGGUCUGGCUAAGAGCAGCCUGUUUCCCCUGGGCUCUUUCAUCCCCAUCUGGGCAGCAGUGGAUCAGAAGGACCAUCAGCCCUUGCUGCUGCUCUUGGAGGAGUGUGUGGCGGCCACAACACCAGAACUGCAGUCUGCGAGCCUGGUGUACCCCAUCAUCACCAACAAGGGUUGCCUUGCAGAUGGGAAGACUGGGAACUCCAGGUUCCUGCCUAGGUACCACUCGUCUGCUAUUCUGCUUUACCUGCAGUCCUUCAAGUUUGCCUUAGGCGAGGAAGUGAGUGGACCACAAGUUCUCUGUAUGACUGGGUUGUUUUCAUACUGUAGCUCUUGA